CGGAAUGGCCAGCAGCGGGCAAGUGCAGGCUGCUGACAGCCCCCACGGUUGGAAGCCACGUCAGAGCGCCUAACGAGUCGUGAAGGGAAAGGAAAACGUCGGAUUCUGUAUUUGUAACCAUAUAACUUUGCUCAGUCAUUGAAUCCCGACGUCCUCCUGGAUUCCGCUGAACCUGCGAACCCUAAUCCGAAAGCGAAGGCACGCAAGCGCGCUCAUAAUUUAACACUGAUGCAUUCAUAGAUUUUAUUUGUGAUUGCACUCGCGCUGGGACGCAUAGUUGAGCGCUUGACCCGAACGCCAGCGGCACUUCAUCGGCUUUGCUGCCGGAAAGCCCACGCCGCUGGCCGCGCUGCAGUGCUUUGGCUUCUUCCGGGCUGGCGAUAUGCCUAAAAUCAGGCGACCGUCGCAUGCGCACUCGUGGUACACCGGGGAAGGCGAUGCACUGGACGCGGAAAUCAACAAGUGGAAGGCUGCUGUGACGCCGCUGCCCGGGCUGCCGGCGCGCGCCAUCAUCGGACCCCACGCCGGCUACUCCUACUGCGGACACGUGAUGGCACACGCCUACGCGCACAUCAACCCAGCCAACUUCAAACGCGUGUUCCUGCUGGGGCCCUCCCACCACGUGUUCAGCCGCAAGUGCCUGCUGUCCAGCCAGACGCACUACGAGACGCCGCUGGGCUCCAUGGAGAUUGACCAGGAGGUGUAUGCGCAGCUCAGGGACAGCGGCAAGUUCGACAGCAUGUCCCAGGACGUGGACGAGGACGAGCACAGCCUGGAGUUGCACACGCCGUACAUCGUACACACCAUGCGCGGCCGGGACUUUAAACUGGUGCCCAUCAUGGUCGGGGCGCUCACCACGGACGCCGAGGCCGCCUAUGGGUCGCUGCUGGGCCCCUAUCUGGAUGACCCCGCAAACCUGUUUGUGGUGUCGAGCGACUUCUGCCACUGGGGCAGCCGCUUCAGCUACACCUUCUACGACAAAAGCCAGGGCCAAAUAUGGGAGUCCAUCAAGUGGCUCGACGAGACGGGCAUGAAGAUCAUCGAGUCGGCCGAGCCGUCCAAGUUCGCCUCCUACCUGGAGCAGUACAAGAACACCAUCUGCGGCCGACACCCCAUCGGCGUCUUCCUAAACAUGCUGCAGCACAGCUCGCUUCGGCACCGCAUCUCCUUCACGAAGUACGACCAGUCGAGCAAGUGUACGACACCCUCCCACUCCAGCGUCAGCUACGCCGCGGCGGUGGUCACGGUGGUGGAGUGACGGGCGAGGGGUGUGGGGUUGUAAAUACCCAGCCCAAACUAGGGCCAUGCGCGUGUGUGCGUUUGGUGAGCCGUCCAUGAGAGAUGGGGCGGGGCAGCGGUGGCCGAGUGGUGGGGGGCGGCGGGUUGUGCCUGUGGGGCGUGGCGAUAAGGCGAUGGGGCGCAGGGCAUGACACGGGCCAAGUGCUGUGAUGGAGUGGGCUAGAGGGCCCGCGUUGGAGAUGGGUGGGGUUCCGAAAGCAGCAGCAGCAGCGGUGCCAGGUGUGGUGCUGGCAGCCUGGGUGGACGGCAGGGUGUAAGAGGUGGCUGUGGCAGAGAUGUAGCACUGUGUGUGUAUGUGCCUGUAUGUGUGCGUUGCCUGGUUGGAUUGGUGUGCGGGAGCUGGACGGGGGCCAUUCAUUUCGUUUGGAGAAGGCACUAGUGCGUGAGCGCGUGUACGAGUCGUGCCCGGCUUUUUGUUCGUGCCACACGCGCGUGUGUGUAUGUGUGUCCGCGCGUGCGUGUGCGGUGUGCCUGACUGGCUUUGCGCUAGGAAGGCCGCUGCUGGCGGCUGCAGCCGGGCAACGCUGGAAGAACGAGAGGAAACGCACGUGCGCAGGACGACUGGACCAGGUGGCACUGUCUCUCAUAUGUGGGGGAGUUGGGGGUGGGGAUGGACGCGGCGGCAAUGCGGCAUGGCCAUGCGCCGUGAUGGUGGCAUGUGGGCUCUUGUAAUAACCAUGUAUGUAUGAAGCGGAAGCCUUUGUAAUUCGUAAACGGC